GCGUAGAAUUCCGGGCGCCCAAUUUGAAUUUCAGUUUUUUUUGGGAACCGUUGGCCCUGGCGAUCCGUCAUGUUUGCACAUGUGAGGGGUGAACGGUGAGGGUGAACGGUGAGGGGUGCCGUGGGACCGGCCCCCGUCCGUCACUGACUGACAGCCGGCCGUCGCCUCACACGUUGCCCCGUCCCGCCCGCCCGCCCGCCAGGUCCUCGACCUGCCGCCAUCUUGUGAAGCGGGGAGCGGCGGCGAUGAGUCUCCGCAUUUACUUCUGCGGCAGCAUCAGAGGCGGGAGGCAGGACGUGGAGAUCUACUCCCGGAUCCUCGGCCAGCUGAAGAGAUUCGGGAGAGUUCUCACUGAGCACGUCGGACGGCCGGAGCUGAACGAGAAAGGUGAGGGUAAAGUGGAAGCUGAUGAUAAAUGCAUCCAUGAUAGAGAUUUGGAAUGGCUGCGGGAGGCUGACGUCAUGGUGGCAGAGGUCACUCAACCUUCCUUGGGUGUUGGCUAUGAAAUUGGAAGAGCUGUAGCCAUGAAUAAGAAGAUUCUGUGCCUGUUCCGAACACCAUCAAAAUACGUUCUUUCUGCAAUGAUUCGAGGAGCAGCAAACGGAACAAACAUCCAUGUGAAGGAUUACUCAGAAGAGAAAGUGGAAACAAUUCUACAACAAUACUUUGAACAACAGCUGUAGGCAUAAAAUCACUGCUUACCAUUACUAAGAGGGGAUCCUCAUGGUGUUGAUCAUGUUAACUGUUGGUGCUUUGUACUUGCAUACACAGAAACCCCUUCCAAUUAAAGUACAAGAUUUCUGGA